CCGAAUUUUGGAAUCAAAUCACCAAAUACAUUCUUCUUUCUCUCUCUCCCUCUCCCUCUCCUCUACACACUCUCUCUCUCUGGCCUUGUCUAUGAGCGUGUGGCGCCAUGGACGACAAAGCUGGAAACCCCAAUCGCAGUGGCGGAACUAUUGCCAACAAUGUGUACUUGGACACCACUAAAGCAGACAAAGCCGUGUGGCUCAUGAAGUGCCCACCUCUUGUCUCUCGCUCCCUCCGUUCUCCUCCAUCCGAUGCCGCCGACGCUUCUCGCCCGGUCGCCAAGGUCGUCGUUUCUCUCGACCCUCUUAACUGCAAUGAUGAUUCUUCUCCUCAGUUUACCAUGGAGUUGGCUGGAACUGAAGCUGGACAUAUUCCCAGAUGUUAUGCUAUGGAUAUGUCAAAGGAUUUCAUUCCCAUGUCCGUGUUUUCAGAGUCUUCCCAAGGAAAAAUUAGUGUGGAAGGAAAAAUACUCAACAAAUUUGACAUGAAGCCUCAUAAUCAAAACCUUGAACUCUAUGGGAAACUCUGCCGUGAAAGGACAAACAAAUAUAUGGUCAAAAGUAGACAGAUACAGGUUAUUGACAAUGAUCAUGGGGCUCAUAUGAGGCCCAUGCCUGGGAUGAUUACCUUUGCCACUUCUGGGGCCAGUGAAAAGAAGAAAACCCCAACCAAAGCAACUGAAACAAAGAGAACCAGAAGGGACCGUGGAGAGAUGGAAGAAAUUUUGUUUAAGCUCUUUGAACGGAAGCCAAACUGGAGUUUGAAACAACUCAUACAAGAAACUGACCAACCCGAACAAUAUGUGAAAGAUAUACUUAAAGAACUGUGUGUCUACAAUAACAAAGGAACUAAUCAGGGCACAUAUGAGUUGAAGCCCGAAUACAGAAGAUCUCAUGAUUAAAUGCCCAAGAUGGUUGAUUAUAUCAUGCCCUGAUCACCCUUUUUUGGCCCUUCAAUUUGUGUCUAUAAGUCACUGAUUCCUUUCCUGUUGAUUUGUUUAGUGCAAGAACACAAGAAGUGGAUAAUUGGGUUUCUUUGUCUGUUUCAGAACUGCUAUAGCAUGUCUCCUCACGGUUUAACCAUUUGAAUGAAUCAUUACCCUUCCAU